GGUUUGACCUCUGAAACGUCAACAGCGUAGCCUACGCAUUCCUGGAAAAAUGGCGUCUGUGUCGGAUCUGUACGAUGUAACUUGGGAAGAUAUGAGGGACAAACUCCGGAAAUGGAGAGAGGAAAAUUACAGAAACAGCGAACAGAUUGUGGACGUAGGAGAAGAACUGAUUAAUGAUCACGCUUCAAAGCUUGGAGAUGAUGUUUGGAUUAUUUAUGAGCAGGUGAUGAUAGCGGCGUUGGACUGCUGUCGGGAUGAUUUGGCCUGGACUUGUCUACAGGAACUGAAGAGGCAGUUUCCAGAUAGCCACAGAGUGAAGCGAUUAGCGGGCAUGCGGCUAGAGGCUUUGGAAAGGUACGACGAUGCCAACAAGUUGUACGAUGCAAUACUGCAAGACGACCCGACCAAUACGUCGGCCAGGAAACGCAAGAUCUCCAUCCUGAAAGCCCAGGGGAAGACGGCCGAGGCCAUCCGCGAGCUCAACGAGUAUUUGGAGCAGUUUGUGGGAGACCAGGAAGCAUGGCACGAGUUGUCGGAACUCUACAUCAACGAGCACGAUUACGCCAAGGCUGCCUUUUGCCUGGAAGAGCUGAUGAUGUCCAACCCGCACAACCACUUGUACUGUGAGCAGUAUGCCGAGGUGAAGUACACCCAGGGUGGCAUGGACAACCUGGAGCUGGCCAGGAAGUAUUUUUCCCAGGCGCUGAAGCUGAACAACAGGAACAUGCGCGCCCUGUUCGGACUCUACAUGUCUGCCAGUCAUAUAGCAGCCAGUCCUAAAGUCAGUGCCAAGAUGAAGAAGGACAACGUGAAGUACGCAGCCUGGGCUGCCAGUCAAAUCAACAGAGCCUAUCAGAUGGCUGGGCGUGGUGCGAAAGAGAACAAGUGUUCUGUGAAGGCGGUGGAGGAGAUGCUGGAGUCUAUGCAGAUCACCAUGUCCUGAGUGAAGCGGCCCCAAUGGAGUCCAUGUGGAGGACCUUCCCCUCGCCUUCCUGCUCGGCAUCAGCUUCGCCAGUGGUUCCCAUUUUUUUUCCUGCUGGGACCCCCUUUUAGACUUCAGAAUAUGUUCGCGACCCUCCCUAGGCAAAUUUUUGUCCAUUAAUAUCGCUAGAUUUUCCAUUGAUAGUUUGUCCGCUAAUAUUGCUAGAAAUCCACAGGACAACAAGUACAUUUAUUAACCAUACAAGUGAAUGCAAGUCCCACUUGUCUGCGACCCCCCCCCUCCUUCAGUACCUCCGUGCCCCCCAGUUUGGGAACCACCGAGCUGGGGCCCGGUCUACACCCACCCUCUUUACCACUACAUGGCAGCUCCUGGUUCAUCACAGCGCCCAUGCCGACCCCCCACCCCACAUCUCUCUCCGUACCUUCAGUGGGGAAACGCCACCUGACCUAUCAGUGCCGCCCCUCUCUCUCUACACCCGUCUCGGAGAACCUCCACCACUGGCUACACUCACCUCCCUUUGGUGAACCUCCAUCCAUAGCCUCCCUCACCCACCUCUGUGCACACCCAACUUGGUGAAUCAGAAAGUGGGGAAACCACCAUUCCAGCACCCUUUCCCACUCUUCUAUUUUUUGUUGUUUUGUUUUGCUGUUUGUUUUUUUGUUGUUUUUUAAUGCCGUUAGGGAACUCCACACAGCACAAAAUCAGGGACUAGAAUGUGAAUAGAUGACUGUAAAUGUUAUUUAAAAAAAAUUGGAAGAGGCAGCGAGUGUGUGACCUGUUUGACCCGUGUCUGAAUGAUGUGACCUUUUUACCAUGACCGAAUCCCAGGGAUCGGCCCACUGCCCGUCUCAAUAAAGAGAGUUAUACGUAGUACAGAAAAAUGACUAAUAAAUUAAGGAUGAAGACGACUGAAAA